CUCUGUCUGUGCAAUAGGGUUUUUCUUUCUUGCAAGUUUCAAUAUGGGAGGCAAAAAACGUAAGAUCAAGAUUAAAAAAAUCGAAAACAAAGUCGCAAGAACGGUUGCUUUCACAAAACGCAGGGACGGUCUCUUCCGCAAAGCUUCACAGCUCUGUCUCCUCUCUCCCGGCACUCAAAUCGCAAUCUUAGCGACUCCUAUGACUUCCAAUUCUCAUGCUUCUUUCUACUCUUUCGGUCAUUCCUCUGUUGAUAGCGUUGUCUCCACUCUGCUUUACGACCAGCCUCCUCUUCCGGCAACCCAAGAGAACAGGUCAGGGUUAGGGUUUUGGUGGGAAGACAAACGUUUUGACGUAUCGGAGAACGUUGAGGAGUUAAAAGAUGCGGUCGAUGGGGUUUCGAGGAUGUUGAACAAUGUGAGGUUACGAUUAAAUGAUGCCGUGAAGAACACUCAAAGAGAUGGAGGUUUAGAGAUUCUUCCCCAGGAGGAGGAAGUUCAUCAGAUUCGCAAUGAAGAGACAAAGACGAAUCAAUUUGAAGGCGAAACUUCUGGUUCUGCAAGUUUCUUAGAGAACGAGGAGGAUAUUCUUCACUUAGAUGAUUUUUUUAGUGAUAUUGAUCCUUUGUUUUGAUCAACUUAUUUUAUCAUCUAAUCUAGUGGUGCAUUUUUUGGAUUUUGUUUCAGCUUUUUUGGUUCAGACUACUACACUAAACCAAAUUAUAGAAGAAACUUUUUAUUAAUUUCUGUUUCAAAAUUAGGUUGAGAUACAAAAGCAAAAUUCAUAGAGAAUUUGCACAGAGUUUUGAUUUGCAUAAACAUGAUACAUUGUA